AUGCAGCAUAGUACCGAUGUAUUGCAAUUCGACCAUAUAACAGACGAUUGUAUCGAAGACUGGGUUAAAAAUUCUUUGAAUGAAGUAAAGAAAGAUUGUGAGCUAUUAAAUAUACCUUUCAACGAUUCAUGGCAAAGUAUUAAAUAUUUGCAUAGCUACCACAGUGAUGACAAUGAACAACUUGAAGAAGGUGAUACAAACAAUACCCAACAUAUUUUUGGGAUCGCUAAUGAGGAUACAGCAUGCAACAACAAAACUAACUCUUUCGAUGAAGUAGUGAAAAAUGGAAUAAACGAAUUAUUAACUGAAGACUCGAUUUCUAUGGAAGAGAAUGAACAACCCGAUGAUGUUUCUAAUGAUCUCUUGAAAGGCUUUGAUGUAAGAGUUGGCGAUAAAGAACUCACUAUUCGAAAAUCAUCGUUAUGUUGGCUUCUGACUAAUCAAUCUUGCAAGAUGAGUGCUGAUCGGUUAAUGAGAUUUCGAAACUCUCAAAAUUCUCCAGUGGCAAACAGUGAUCAUCAAAAUAAAUAUGACCCUGUCAUAGUCAACGAAAACUAUUAUGCCGUAUAUUACUAUGACAACUGGUAUAUUGGACGUGUCUUAGAAGAACCAUCCCCCAAAAUGUAUGUAAUUAAGUUUCUUAAAGAAUCGUUAGAUUCAUACGAUUGGCCAAAAACAGACGACAUUCAGAAUGUCAGUGCAGAAUAUAUUUUUUUUGGACCUAUCACUAUGUACGGUACAAAACCUAUGACAAUAAGUAAGUUUGAUAAACAAAAAAUUGUGGUCAAGUACAAGGCUUUGAAGCGCAAAGAAUGUAAUGAUAAAUAA